AUGGCUCCUGGUGUCUCAAAUGAGAAGAAAACUGAUGAUGAACAGUCUUCAAAAGAGAAUUUUAUCUGUCUCUGUAACCCUCACCUGGAGAAAAUGGAAGAAGACAUCCUGUACCAUUUUGCUUUGGGGACUUCUACCCAUGAUUUUCCAGCAUUGUUUGGCGAUGUAAAGUUUGUAUGUGUUGGAGGAAGCCCUUCACGGAUGAAAGCCUUUAUUGCCUAUAUAGCCGAAGAACUGGGGCUUGGGAGCCCUGGUUGUGACUACCCUAACAUCUGUGCAGGAACUGACCGUUACGCCAUGUACAAAGUGGGACCUGUUUUGUCAGUCAGUCAUGGUAUGGGCAUUCCUUCUAUUUCAAUCAUGCUGCAUGAGCUGAUCAAACUGUUAUAUCAUGCCAAGUGUUCCAACAUAACCAUUAUUCGCAUUGGGACCUCUGGUGGAAUAGGUCUGGAGCCAGGCUCAGUGGUUAUAACUAGGCAGUCUGUAGAUGCCACCUUCAAGCCUCAGUUUGAACAGGUUGUUCUGGGGAAGACUGUGAUUCGCAGUACCAGCCUAGAUGAGCAGCUCACUAAGGAACUGAUGCAGUGCAGUAAAGAAAUCAACCAGUUCAAUACAGUCAUUGGAAACACCAUGUGCACAUUGGAUUUCUAUGAAGGACAAGGCAGGUUGGAUGGUGCAAUCUGCUUAUAUAAUGAAGAAGAGAAACUGCAAUAUUUGAAGCAAGCUUAUGAUUCUGGUGUCAGGAACAUAGAGAUGGAGUCUUCUGUAUUUGCUGCAAUGUGUAAUCUCAGCAAUGUCAAAGCUGCCGUAGUGUGUGUCACUCUUCUGAAUCGCCUUGAAGGGGAUCAAAUUAGGAGCUCACAUGAUGUACUUGUGGAGUAUCAGCAGAGACCACAGAAGUUAGUGGGAUAUUUCAUCAAGAAAAGUCUGGGGAAAGUAUGA